AUGCAAACUUCCUUCUUUGAUCAGCAGAGGGUGGAGAGCGAGAAAGCGCGCAAAGGCGGCCCGGCCGGGCGCCCUUGGCGGCUCCGCCCCUUCCGGAAGAAGCCGCAGGGACCAGGCCUCCUGCACCUUGACCCGUCUAGACGCCGCACGAGGUUUUGUCUCGGUUUCCAAGGGCGCGGGGUGCUCUUUGACCCGCGCCCGGGGCGGAGGUGGUCACAGAGCCCGGCGCGCCCCGGCAGGUCCCGGAGGGAGAGGGGUGCCCGGGACGCGCGCCAGCUGUUCCCAAAGCCAGUCCGGGCCUGUGAGGGGCGCCCCGGGUCCCACUACCUACGGCCACCUCGGCGUAGACCCGGCACAGCCGCCGCAAGAUGCCCGGAAGGCCAGGCGCGCAGAACGACUUGGAAUGGGCAGAAGCGUGGCUUCCCCACAGAACUGUUGCGUUCUCGACGCCCCGUUCCCCUGGCCCAGUCUGAGGCGUUCCUCGUGGACCUUUUGGAUAAAGUGUGUAUGCGAAUGAACGAUUACCAGCUGGAGGAUGACCCAGUGACCAAGCAGAAGUAUUUCAGGAGAUACGCUCCGAGAAAAGGAGACAAAAUAUACAAAGAAUAUAAAAAGUUCUUCUUUUAUUCUGAUGCCUUCAAACCUUUGAAAUUCGCGUGCGAAGCCAUCAUUGAAAAGUAUGAGGAUGAGAUAUUCGCACUUAUCGCCCAGGAGGCACACCAUCUAGCUGACAUGCUGUGCAGUGAAAAAUCAGAUCUGUGUGGCACUCCAAUCAAUCAUCCUGAACCCUAA